UGCGCGCCUCGCCUGAUUAACAACUAACCGAAUCGUUCAACACUUCAACACUUCAACACAAUCAACCGUCAACCGUCAAUCGCCAAUCGUCAAUCGUCAAUCGUCAAUCGUCAAUCGUCAAUCGCCGACGAAUUUUACUAACCAACCAACCGACUAACCAACCGAAUUUACUAAAACCGACGAUCAGCCUAGGUUGUGGUCGCCGUCGUCGCCGUCGUCGUCGCCGUCGUCGUCGUCGUCGUCGUCGUUAGUUAGUUAGUUAGUUAGUUAGUUAGGGUGCGCGCGUGUGUGUGUGUGUGUGUGUGUAUGUUAGGUCUCUGCUCCUAUGGAUGGGCCGCAGAUUGGAGGGCAGGACCUGCCCGUUCCGCCGAGGAGGGCGUCCAACCCUCUGCUCAAGCAGACCAGACUCGAUGAGGCUGCUCCACAAGAUGAUUCGACCACUUAUCCAGGAUCAAAGGAUGCAUCACCAUCGACAUCACCGACAUCACCGACACCUACGGCGGAUCGCAAAUCGUCAAUCGACGAAGAACUGGCGAAACGUCGCAGGUCUCUGGUGCCGAUGUCCAGCAUGGAAGAGGAGAACCUGAGGGACCGCCUGCAUUUGACCCAUCUGAAACUGUGCAACGAGAUCGUCGGUCAGGAGUCGAAAUACACGAAGGAAUCGCUCAGAAGAUUGUUUCAAAAGAAGGCAAGUGGUGAUGGUGGUGGUGGUGGUGGUGUUGUUAGGUAA